AUGCAUGGCGAAGACUUAGAUGAAGACAGACCUGGAACCACCAACAUAGAGGCGUGGCAACGCCGUGAAACACGACUUCCACCUCCAUCAGAGCAUCAUGUUGCUUCGAGUUCUUUCACGGAUGUCAUCGCAAGUGCCAUGCAAGAAAAUGCAGUGUCCCUCCCUAAAUUAGGCAAAGUUUUACGGCUAUUUCGUCUUGAUGUCGCCAACAAGGAAGUCAAUAUGCCCGAGCUACUCGAGAGCUGGAAACCUCCCAUCAAAACUCCUAAACGAGACCAGUUUCUGAGAAUACUCGACUUCUAUCGCCAUUACCUUGUCAAUGUGACACUAUGCGUGCCGCCUGGGCGGAAAAAAGGGGAAGUACAAACACUUCGUGAUUUACCGGAGUCACUUGCUACAUUUUUAAUCAGUUUCGCAUUGGAUGGUCUUGGCUUAUACGUCGACGAUUUGCUGCAACCCGUUUCAGAAUUAAUGCGGAAUCCAACAAUCUGGUGGACAAACCUUGGAAAGGAUGACAAGGAGCGCUCAAAAGCUUUCGACGUGCUUUCACAAGCCAGGAUUGGGCGAUCUUCGCUCGCACAGCUCUCGGAAGAGCCUUGGGAUGUACGAGCCUACGAACUCAAUCCGGAAAGAGCUAAACUGUUCCCUCCAACGAAAAAGCGUGUGGUUCAGACGACGGCAACACUUGAGAAGCUGAGCGCCGACUCGACAUAUUCCGGAGCAUCCUCAAAAAUUGACAUUUACGUUUCACCUGUUAUAUGGCCGAGUGAUGCUCACCCUGUGUGA